CUGUCCUUUCCUCUCCUGACUGGGAUUUUCAAUGGCUGCAUGAAGAGUUCGCGGUUUCCUCCUUCCCUCAUGAUGUCUGUCUCCAUGGACGCGCACUUUCCCUGAAACACCCUCUCGGGAGAGAAGAAUGUGCUUCUGCUGGACCACUUGCCAUGAGAUGAGCAUCCUGCCUGCUGAGCCUCCUCAGACCCACUAGCCAUGCCAGGGAUUGUGGUGUUCCGCCGUCGCUGGUCUGUGGGCAGCGAUGACCUCGUUUUGCCAGCCAUCUUCCUCUUCCUCCUUCACACCACCUGGUUUGUGAUCCUUUCCGUGGUGCUCUUCGGGCUGGUGUACAAUCCCAACGAGACCUGUUCCCUUAACCUGGUGGACCACGGCAGAGGCUACCUGGGCAUCCUGCUCAGCUGCAUGAUCGCAGAGGUGGCAAUCAUCUGGCUCAGCAUGCGUGGCAGCAUCCUGUACACAGAGCCCCGGGACUCGAUGCAGUAUGUGCUCUAUGUCAGACUGGCCAUCCUGGUGAUUGAGUUUGUGUAUGCUAUUGUGGGCAUCGUUUGGUUAACACAGUACUACUCCUCCUGCAAUGACCUCACUGCCAAGAGUGUCACCUUGGGAAUGGUCGUCUGCAACUGGGUCGUCAUUCUGAGUGUCUGCAUCACUGUCCUGUGUGUCUUUGACCCAACGGGACGGACCUUUGUCAAACUGCGAGCCACAAAGAGGAGACAGCGUAACCUGAGGACGUACAACCUGCGGCAUCGCCUUGAGGAGGGGCAGGCCAGCAGCUGGACUCGCCGGCUCAAAGUUUUUCUUUGCUGCACACGGACAAAGGACUCCCAGUCUGAUGCGUACUCUGAAAUUGCCUACCUUUUUGCUGAGUUUUUCCGAGACCUUGACAUAGUCCCGUCUGACAUCAUUGCGGGCCUGGUCCUCCUGCGUCAGCGGCAGAGGGCAAAGCGUAAUGCAGUGCUGGAUGAGGCAAACAAUGACAUCUUGGCCUUUUUGUCUGGGAUGCCAGUGACCAGGAACACCAAGUACCUGGAUCUGAAAAACUCGCAAGAGAUGCUGCGGUACAAAGAGGUCUGUUAUUAUAUGCUGUUUGCCCUGGCUGCCUAUGGCUGGCCCAUGUACCUGAUGAGGAAGCCCACCUGUGGACUCUGUCGCCUGGCCAGAUCCUGCUCAUGUUGCUGUCUCUGCCCCUCGCGGCCCCGCUAUGCCCCUAGUGUCACCAUUGAGGAGGAUAACUGCUGCGGCUGCAACGCCAUCGCUAUCCGUCGCCACUUCCUAGAUGAGAAUAUGACUUCAGUGGACAUUGUCUACACCUCUUGUCAUGAUGCGGUCUAUGAAACUCCUUUCUAUGUGGCUGUGGACCAUGAGAAGAAGAAGGUGGUCAUCAGCAUCCGAGGAACCCUGUCUCCAAAGGAUGCCCUGACUGACCUGACGGGGGAUGCAGAGCGCCUCCCAGUUGAAGGUCACCAUGGAACCUGGCUGGGACACAAGGGAAUGGUGUUGUCUGCUGAGUACAUCAAGAAGAAAUUGGAGCAGGAAAUGGUGCUUUCUCAAGCCUUUGGACGUGACUUGGGCAGAGGAACAAAACACUAUGGGCUGAUUGUGGUGGGCCAUUCCCUAGGGGCAGGCACAGCUGCCAUUCUGUCCUUCCUGCUGCGUCCGCAGUAUCCAUCGCUGAAGUGCUAUGCCUAUUCUCCCCCAGGGGGGCUGCUGAGUGAGGAUGCCAUGGAGUACUCAAAAGAGUUUGUGACUGCUGUCGUGCUUGGCAAAGAUCUAGUCCCCAGGAUUGGUCUUUCACAGCUAGAGGGAUUUCGCCGGCAGCUUCUUGAUGUUCUCCAGAGAAGUAACAAACCAAAGUGGCGAAUCAUCGUGGGUGCCACAAAGUGUAUACCCAAGUCAGAGCUCCCAGAAGAGACUGAAGGGAAUUCAGUGACCAGUAGCCGUCUCUGGACUUACCCCAGUGACCUAACUAUUGCCCUGUCUGCCAGUACGCCACUCUAUCCACCUGGCCGCAUCAUCCAUGUGGUGCACAAUCACCCUGCCGAGCAGUGCUGUUGCUGUGAACAGGAGGAUCCCACUUACUUUGCAAUUUGGGGCGACAAUAAAGCGUUUAAUGAAGUCAUCAUCUCCCCAGCAAUGCUGCAUGAACACCUCCCUUAUGUGGUCAUGGAGGGGCUCAACAAGGUCUUGGAGAAUUACAACAAGGGCAAAACUGCCUUGCUUUCUGCAGCCAAAGUGAUGGUGAGUCCAACAGAAGUGGAUCUCAACCCAGAAUUGAUCUUCCAGAAUCAGCCCCUGCCCAGCGGACCCUCAUUACAGAUUGGGAUUGGAGCCAUAACAGUGGACAGAAAGAACAGCAGCGUCAAGAGCAAAUCCCAUUCUGAAAUCAGUUUGGAGGGGUUUUAUGAGACCAAGCUCCUUUCUCCUGUGCAGAAGGACCCCGUGGAACUACUGCUUCUGGAUACCAAGGAGCGCUUGUCUGUGGACCUGCAGGAUCGUCGCGCUCCUCUCGCUACCAUGGAAAGUCUGUCUGACAAUGAGUCCAUCUACAGUUUUGAGUCGAGGCGCUCCUCUGGCUUUCGGAGCAUCCGCGGUUCACCCAGCCUCCACGUUGUCAUGGAGAAGGAUGAGACGCACUGCUUUUAUAUAGACCCCAUUAUCCCUGAGGAAAACCCCUCCCUCAGCUCACGGACAGAGCUGCUUGCUGCCGACAGCCUCUCCAAACACUCCCAGGAGACCCAGCCCCCGGAGGCCUUGCACAACAGUGGUGGCACUACCCCCCAGCGACGCGACAGUGAGGAAGGGGCUGGUAGCGAAGGGGACCACAUUUCCUUCACCCCUCGGGAGGAACUGACCCUCCAGAAUGGACGGCUCACUGAUGUGCCUAGUCCACAAGUGCUGGAGUUUGCUGAAUUUAUAGACAGCCUCUUUAACUUGGACAGCAAAAGCAGCUCCUUCCAGGACCUCUACUGCAUGAUGGUAUCUGACAGCUCCAGUGACUUUGCUGAGAUGCCCAAGUCAGUCAGUGAUCAGGAGAUCCUGCUGAGAGCACAGUAUGAGCCCAACCUAGUCCCCAAGCCCCCUAGGUUGUUUGCUGGCUCAGCAGAUCCCUCUUCUGGCAUCUCGGUCUCACCCUCCUUCCCUCUGAGUUCGUCUGGGGAGCUUAUGGACAUCACUCCCACAGGCAUGAGCAGCCAGGAAUGCCUAGUCACUGACAAAAUCCGGACUUCCACUCCAGCUGGUCAUGUGACCAGCCCUGCCAAGCAGGAGGACCUCAUGAUCUCAGCCCUCUAGUGCAGGAGUGGAGGGGUGAGGCUCCAAGAGCCAAUCCUAUGAGCUGAAUGCUGAGAUAACACUUGGAGGAGCUGGUCAUUGGGCAGUUCGGAAGUGGAGGAGACGCCUGAGAAUGUUCCUUCUGGGGUGCCAUGCUGGUGGCAUAGUGACAUCAGGGGGAUGGAUUCCGUAUGCUGGGUCGUAUGCUGAAGUUUGGGAGAAGAUGUACUGCCUCUCAGAGCCUGCUACACUAAGAGGGUCUCAUCAAUGGAGUUAGAUGUUUGGUUUCCCUACCUCAGCCUACUGGAUUAAAUCAGGGGGCAGAUUCCCUGCCUUGGGGCAUCUGCUGAGGCACAGGGUUCAGAUUUCCUGCUUGAGGGAGUCUGCUGGAGUCAGGGGGUGGAUUCCCUGAGGUUAGAGGACUGGAAUAACAGAAGUAAGGGUCAGAUUACCUCCCUGUUGUGAUUUAAGUGGCGUCAAUAGUGAGCAGAUUGCGACUUUGGGCCCAAUUGCACUAACAUGUCAUGUCUGACCCAAGCACCAAUUCGUCACCCUUUCAUGGUGUUUGUUUUUAUAAGACACUCUCUCCCGUUUUAAAGCCAUUGGAGCUGUAUUCCUGGGGAAUGCAGUCACCCUCUCCCUGACCAGGUGCAGCGAGAAUCAGGCUGGCACUGUGUGUUUUCGCUUCCCCAGUUACCUCUGAGUUCAUUGACUACCAGGCUUCUUCUGAGAAGAAAGGAAAUCCAUGUAUUAGAGAGCCGAAGGCCACUGCAUCCGUCCUCCACAAGAGGGGUGGAGAAGGUCUCUUGGGUCUCGCCUUCAUCACUUCACAGUUCCCUGGACCACACAGAACUGGAGACGUUCCCACCACAGACUGAUAGGAUUUUCAUCUCAAUACCGCAUGGAUAGAUUGGUUUAAACUAGCUUUUGGUAUUUAAAAGGCUUGCAAGUGCCCAGCAUUAUCUCCCAGGUCCCUGUGGAGCCUGGGAGCCUCCUUGGGCCUGUUCCUGGUCGUCAGUCCACCUUCCCCGCAGACCAACGCUGGUCUCUGCCAUCGGAGUUCAGGGAAAAGAUGAACCUUUACCAAGUGUUGAAAUCUCAUGUAUGUUUACAGAGCUGCUAAGCUUUUCAGAAGGUAUUCAUUACACAAAUUGGAAAGCCUUCCUGGAGCAAGAAGAAUGUUCUCUCUCCCCUUCCCUUGCCGUUCCCUCAGUUUGGGGGCUGAGGGGAUAGUGGAGGGGGCAGGAGGUGCUGUUAUUGCAAAUCCUUGUUUCAAAGUGGAGGCCCUUUGAUCCAAGCCCAAGGGGAAGCUGCAUGCCUUCCCACCCCCGGGGUUCAUCCCCUUCACCCUGCUGCAUGACAACUGGUUAAAAAGCCCCAAUAUAUUGUCAACAAAAUUGUGACUGAGCAACCCCUCCUGUUGCUCUCAAUUCCAGUGCCCAGGGUAGCCUGCUGGCUCUAUCGAAUGAAUGGAAGGGAUUUUCCGAUGAUGGAAGCAGGAGGGAGACUAACUGCCUAGGCAGUUAAACAUACUGUGACCUGCAAGAGUCCUCUAACUGGAAAAAGACUUCAUAUCAGAACUCAGCAGAACCAAUCCGUGUCUGUAGCUCUGCCCUCCUUCACUGGAAAAGAAUCUCCUGUUUGAGUCAGCAGUAAAAUGCCCCAUCUUACCGGAGCUCUUGGCUGUGCAAUUCCCAGUAUAGUGAGAAUUCCAUGCUUCUGAUAGGUUAGCCCCAUUGCACAACGGGAAUUGAUGGGUCCAAUCCACCAUCACGGUACAGCUUUGUUGUUGGUUGUUUGUGCUAGCUGCUGUACAAACACCAAACAAAAAAUAGUGUAAAAUGACACCAAAUAAGAACAGGAACGUUUUUACCCCCACUCAGCAUGGCAAUGUUAAAUUGGCUCCUAUGUGUCCAGUGUGACAAUAUCUUGUAGGGUAGAUUCCCCAGCCCCCACCAUGAAGUGCUUAGUCAUUGGGAGUGCAAACGUUUCCAUUCAUAAAUACUAAAACAAAAUCUUUUAACUGUCCCAGUAGUUUAGAUUCCAAAUGUGACCUUUCUUAAGACUCCGGCAAUCAGAGGGAAGAAUGUCCUCCAGAUUCUAAAUGUCUUUUUUUUUUUAAUCUAUUAGUUGCUGAGCAACAAAGUUCCUCUUCUUUUUUUU